GUUAAAAUCGAAAACCAAAAAGUCCGUUUAACUUAGAAACUAGCAGUCCGAUUUAUCUGACAUUACAGUACGCCUAUCGAAAUCGCCUCUCUAUGCCCGCCCAGUCUCGCGCGUGAUCACGCGCUCACCCCCGGCAAACGCACCGUUCGCAACGACAAUUAGCGUUACUGACCCCCACGCCCACGCACCCACACAUGCGUCCCACGCGUCUCUCCUCGCCAACCGGCGGUUCGCCGCACCUUUAUAUCAUAUAUUUACACACAAAACACAGAUGUAUAGAGACAAAUCCUCGGCGAUUGCGAUCGACGAUUUAACAUCUCUCUCUCUCAAAACAAGAUCUCAUCUUUCUCUCUCUACCUGUUACCAUGGGUGAUUUUUCUGCUCCGAUGAAAUCCUCGCCGGCGUUUAACGCUGCGCCGCCGCGAGCGACGGCGUUUCGGGAGGACUGCUGGACAGAGGAGGCCACGGCGACGCUUGUCAACGUUUGGGGCCGGCGCUAUCUUGAAACGAAUCGCGGGAGUCUCCGGUGUGAGGACUGGAAUCAGGUGGCUCUAGCCGUUAAUGAACGGCACGGUGCGACACAGAAGCAGGUGCGGACUGAUGUUCAGUGUAAAAACCGGAUCGAUACGAUUAAGAAGAGAUUCAAGGCGGAGAAGGCUAGGGUUUGCGCGUCCGGAGGGGCUUACGUCAGCACCUGGAGGUUUUAUGAUCAAUUGGAUAUGUUGAUUGGACAGGAUAAGGUGGAGGCGAGGAAAACGCCUCCUGCAGGCAGUAGUUGGAGGGGGGAGGCGUUCCCUAGGGGAACGCGGAGUGGAAUUGGUGGGGGGUUUGGGACGGGAACCCGGUCCCGAACCCCUCCAAUGGCAAUUGCGUUGCGGAGGGAGGCAAAGCAAUUGCCUGAAGCGGUGGCUGUUACUCCGCUUAAGAGGAGUGGGGGUAUGGAUGAUUCGUUCUUUAGGCGGAAUUAUUCUGCGAUGGCUGCUGCUGCUGCGAAAGAGGAGGCGUAUGAUGAGGAUGAUGAGAGUGAGGAUGAGGAGCAGAGCGAGGAGGAGAGAAGGUAUGCGAAAAGAAGGGGGAAGGAAGUGGCUGUGGAUGUUGAGGAGAGAGGGGGUGUUGAACUGCAAAUGAAGGAGGGUACUAAGAUGAUAGCUAUGGCAAUUCACCAUUUUGCGGAAACCUAUGAGAAAGUUGAAAUGGAGAAGCUUAGGUAUGUGAAGGAAGUCGAGGUUAAAAGGAUUGAUGCUGGAAAGGAAGUGGAGUUGAAAAGGAUGGAGCUGAUGAUGAGCACACAGGUUCAGUUUGAGAAGAUGAAGCGUAAGGAAGUGAAGAAGAAGUCGUCAGGACUGGAUGAUCUUUGCAGCUCGUAAUUGGGAGGGUCUUUGCUUGAUGCACUUGCACUAAUGGAGGAAGCUUGAUGAGGAUGGUGUUUAGUAGCAUCGAGCCUAGGAAGUCGAGUAGGUUGUUUAGUUUUCGUAUAUUAUAAUACAUUUUAGUAGUGAUUGCUGUUCAAAAUUAAAGUAUAUUUAACUGCGGUGACUCCAUUUGGGAGAGUAGAGAAGUCCUUGAUUUUAACAGCAAAUUAUGCACACCGCUGACCAGAGAGUUUUGCGGUUUAAUUUCUUAGAUUAUACAAAUGACUUAUCUGUUGAACUA